AUGAGUCCUACCUGUUACACAGCACCUUCCAAAGACUGCAUUGUCAUUGAUAGCAGUUCCGAUAAUGAAGACUCUCACCAAAAAAAAAAACCUUCCAAUUCUGAUGUAGACAGUGACAUCAGCUUGGAAUACCUACCAAUCAGCAAUGAUGAGUCCUCCAGUGAGGAGGAAAAGGAUGAUAUCGAGAUCAUUAAGAGCUGUCCACAAUCCACGUCCUCGCAGGCUAUAGCCACACCAAACACAAAUUUCGAGAACAAAACAACCUCUCAACCCGAUUCUGAUCCACCAACACCGAAGAAGAAACCAGCCCAAAAGAAGCAACAAAAGGAUGUAGUAGCUGCUUGCCCACUUUCAACCGCUGAAGCUUUGUGUAGUCAAUGUGUAGUCACACAAAAGGAUUCAGACAAGGUGUACCAGUGUCACUGCAAGGCCAAGCCGAUCACUUUGAAAUUGGGACGAAUUCAGGCUGCUGAAAGACACUGGGCGUCAGUCAAUUGUGCAAAAGUCACAAACACUCUUAAGAACAAAAAAGGCCUCUUGAGUAAUUACUUUGAGUCAAAAAAGCGACCAAUAUCCAAGGAUACUGAUGGAGGUCGGAACAAAAGCACCAAGAACUUAGUCCCAUGUGCAGGAUUAACGGACGAGACGUGGAAGCGUGAAGGCGCCCGGCACAAGAUCAUCGAAUGCAUCCGCGGCUCACCUACUCCUUAUCAUGGUUCUCGACAUCGGUCAAUUGUUUGCAAAGAGUUGUUCAACACCUCCAAGGAAAAGGGACUCAGCAAUGCUCAACGCAAAACUCUUCACCGAGCUCUUGAAGCUGAGUCAAAAUGGGUGAUAAAACAACACGGAUUCCUUGGCUCCAUUCAUUCGCCAAAAUGUGAAAGGCAGGUCGAUUCUCCUAGCGCCACUGGAUCGUCACAUGUGGUCUGCAAAUCAUGCCUUGGAUUGAAGCACGAGCGAUCAUUACUCUCCGCAAUCAGUCGACCCUAUGCGAAGAAAGAUGAUGUCAAAUUCAUCCCCGAUGUAUACAUGGUUGCCGACCAGUUUCAUUCCAUCAUGCUUCAACAUGAAGAAGUACGAAGAUUGUCAAAGUCAAUUAAUCAGUGCUCAAAGGAGGGUGAUUCAGAACUCUGGAGUCUUAUUGGUACAUAUGGAAAGGCCGGUCUCUUCAAAAACCGAGACGUUCUUCGAGGUCUUAUGAUGGCUGUUGCUGAUCGAGCUAAAAGAGAAGCUGAUGGGAAAAGCCUUUGUGGAAAGCGAAUUGACGUAUAUCUGGACAAUUUCCUGACGACAAUUGGUGCUAUGAGUCCAAGUGCACUCAAUCUUUUCAACAAGCAUCUCGCAGGCAAGACGUCUCGAGCUAUGCGCUACGAUCGCGCCAAAAGUGGAGCACAGCUUGCAGACGGUCUUAAACAAUCCAAUUUCGAAAUGAUUGCCAAGUACCUUAAAGACCUUGGAUAUAACGGACCUCUUGCUGCUGCGACCAACCAGACAGGUGGAGAUCGAGAGUUUAAGGACAAAGAAGAACUUGAAAAACUUGUCAACGAUAUUGUCUCAAAGAAACAGUUGUGUUCAAAGGUGCGAGCAUAUACAAUACAAGUGCCACUACCAAACAUUCCAACCUUUGUGGUAGCAUUAAUCGCAAGCUACAAAAACGAGACAGCCGAAGAACUCAUCACACAACAUGAUACCUUCAUUUCGAUGUCUCAAACGGCUGGGUUGCAAGUACUAUCUCUUGGAUCGGAUGGAGCUGCAGAAGAGCUCAAAGCUCAACACGGUUUUUCAAAUCUUGCAAAGAACUUCAUUGAAUACACGAACGAAAAACUCAAAGUACACGUCAAGGUCCCCAGACUAGGACCUCAGGGUUUACCAGUCAUAUGUGUGCAAGAUCCCAAGCAUGGUCGGAAAACCGCGGCCAAUCAAUUACUGUCUGGAGCUCGACUUCUAUGCUUUGGGAACUCUAGCUCGACCCAAAUGCACCGGCUUGUCUAUCUACCUCUUCAUCCUUGGAGAGCUUUGCGAUGCCUGGCUAAACAAGACAAUUGGUCAUGGAGAACGAAUUCGUUCCGCGUGGACAGCUAUCUUCUUCUUGAGAAGAUGGCAAUCAUACUUGUCCGAUCGUCAAGAAGAACCAGAUUCCUUGAUGAGUUUAUCAAAGAACUUCAUAUCACAUCAGAGUAUGAAGAUCUUUUGUGCGAUGGCAGAGAGUCUAAUAGCACUCAUUAUAACUCAUCUAUCAUGUCCGGGAAUAUGGAAAUGCCCCAGUCAGAACAUAUACACUCUGGCUAUCAACAUGCCUUCUCAGACGAGCCUGAUGUCACAGAAACCCCCGAUCUCUCUUACUUUCCAUCAAAUGAAGAGAUUUCACGUGAACUUACUAUUGCUCAUAAACGAGCUAUGAGUCUAGCCGAAUUCGCUGGUAUGGCACCCCCGACUGAAACUGUACAGUCUGAUCUUCCGGACUCCAGCCAUCUCAAUUCAGCUGACGAGGAUGAUUUGGAAGACACUGGCGUCUCUCAAGCUCCAACAAAGACAUACGACGUCCAAUAUGGCUUUGUUCCAGGUGAGAACGAUGCUGCGGUGGUUGAAGCAGUAGCCCAGUUGACUCGUGAGCAUCAAGAAGCCGAUACAAUAUUGGACUCAGUCCCCGAUACUCAUCAAACGGAUGAGUAUUGGAAUGCUGCAAUGAGAAUAUCAUCGUUGCUGAACCCACAAUCUGCUGCAAACAUGUUAUCGGCUACCACGACUGUUGCACGAAAAGCAUCAGAGUCUGCUACACAGGAAGCGCUUGUUGAUUUGAUCGAAAGUGGAUGCAAACUCAAUGCCACAGCUAUGCUUCGCAUCCGAGAAUCCCAUGAUAGUCAGGUCUCCAAAGGCCAUGGAAAUGAGCGAGCUAAACGAACGGUUUCGGACAUCGCUAUCAAUCUCACGGCCUCUGAAGCAGAACAAUUGAAGCCAAGCAUGUGUAGUAAAUUGGUGGCAGUUAUGAUGAAGAACCACGAAGCUGUUUCUUCAGCAACCACUCGAUUGCAUCGCUGGAAUAUCACCUCAAAGCUUCGACUAGCUGAUGUCAUCCGUAACACCUCAACUGUUGACGACUUUCCAACAGAUAUCGAUCUUGGUGGCGGUCAAGUUAGCACAGACAAUCCUUUGGAACAUGGGAAGUUUGUCCUUCUGAUCAAUAACGCACUGUACCUCGCCAAGAUUCUGACCGUAUAUCAGCACAUGUCCGGCUCUGGCAAUCAUGCAUGGGUCAAAUCAGCCACAACUCUCAGCGGACUUUCAUACAUAUCCACUCAGAUAUUGUAUUUCAACCCCGAUUAUCCAAUUGCAAGCACUGCCCCACCAAAAUCACCAAAAAGUCAAUGGACUUUUGGUCACCUUGAGGCUACAAGUGUAGUCUACGUUUUCAAGCCUUCAAGCGGGUCCAACAUAGUGGAAUUUGCAGACGGAUGCUUUUCACUACCUAAAGUGAUUUGUCAAAUGCUUACUAAUCUAAACAUACCUGCAUAUUUGAAUGCAUUUGAAAAAGAACGCAUUCGCCUUCUUACAUCCAAUAAAAAAUCUCGUGGGCAGCCAAAGGGGAAAGGAAAAAAUAACCCGUGA